AUGGUCCGAUACGGCCGCUGGUGCCCCUGUCUGGAGCAGAUGCUGGAGAACACAGCCGUGCGUGCCCUGAAGCAGCUGAUUCUGCUGCACCGGGAGGACGGCCCCAGCCCCUCCCGCACCGUUGAGUGGCUCAACAUGCGCAGCUGGUGCUCAGGACAUCUUCACAUCAAGUGCUCUCCCGCCGGAGCCCCAACAAGCUGGGGCUGCUCCUACAUCGGGGUGAUCAAGGCCAUGGAGGAAACUGGGAUCCCCAUUGACCUGAUCAGGGGCACAUCCAUUGGCUCCUUCAUCGGGGCUCUCUAUGCUGAAGAGCGCAGUGCUGUGCGCACCAAGCAACGUGCCCGUGAAUGGGCCAAGAGCAUGAACUCCGUGUUUGAGACGGUCCUGGACCUCACGUACCCCAUCACCUCCAUGUUCUCCGGCUCGGCCUUCAACACCAGCAUCAACAAGGUCUUCCAGGACAAGCAGAUUGAGGAUCUGUGUCUCCCCUACUUCAACGUGACGACGGACAUCACAGCCUCGGCCAUGCGGGUCCACAAGGACGGUAAGUGCCUGCACCCCACCCCCGCGGCAUGUCCCAGGCUGCACCAGGUGCAUGGCGCCCUGGCUGUUGGGGCCCAAAUCCUCAGCAUCCUGCUCCUGUGAGGGCCCAGGGCCAGA